AUGAAGCUUUUGGUCGUUCUUGCAACGGUUACGACGUCGCUGGCCGCCCCUCAGGGCUAUAACUUGGGUAGACCCUCAGGGCCAUCUUUCAGCUUCGGAGGGUGUGGUCCUGGGCAGGUUCACCAUGUUGACGGGAGAUGUGUUACUCCACGGGUCAACCGCCGCGUGUUCCUGUACAAUGCCCCCCCGGCUCCCGUGUCUUACACACCCCCGCCAUACAUACCGCAACCGACCGUCGACUCUAACAUUCUGUUCAUCGAAACUCCCGAAAAAGGACAGGGACCAGAUCCCAUUGUCGUUCCUCCGCCGGCACAGAGGCAAGUGGUCUACGUCCUCAAUAAGCAGUCACCGCAAGACCAAAGGGUGAUCGAAGUCCCAGCACCGCCAGCAAGCAACCCAGAAGUCUACUUCGUGAACUACGCUGACGGAGAGAACCCAGUUCUUCCCAGCGGCGUUGACCUUCAGAGCGCCUUGAAUGCAGCUUCCCAGGGCGGCGGUCAAGUGAUUGGAGGAGGCGCUGGAGGUGCCGGAGGUGGCUUUGGAGGAAGUGGCGGUUUUGGUGGAAGCGGCGGUUUUAGUGGAAGUGGCGGAUUUGGAGGAAGCGGCGGUUUUAGUGGAAGUGGCGGAUUUGGAGGAAGUGGAGGAUUCGUCAACGGUUUUGGAAGUGGUGGAGGAAGUGGUGGCUUCGGAAACGGCGGAGGUUUCGGAAGCGGCGGAGGAAGUGGUGGUGGCAGCGGACUUGUUAUUUCACGACCUUCGAGUGUGUACAGUUUCCCUUAA